CUUAAAGGAAUAUUGAAUGAAGCCAUCUCAGAACAGCAGAGUGCGUUCGUCCCGGGAAGGCUAAUUACAGACAAUGUUAUGAUUGCCUUCGAGUGUUUUCACUCAUUGAAGGGAAGAAAUCAAGGGAAAAAAGGGGUAUAUGUCAGCUAAACUGGACAUCUCCAAAGCAUACGAUAGGGUGGAGUGGCCCUUUUUGGAAGCAGUAAUGAGGAAAUUGGGGUUCGAUGACAUAUGGACAACAAUGAUUAUGACUUGUGUUUCAACAGUUUCCUACUCGAUUUUGGUCAACGGCCAUAAGACAGAGACUUUUUUACCGACAAGAGGAAUUUGACAAGGGGACCCCAUAUCACCCUAUUUAUUUCUCUUUGUGGCGGAAGGAUUAUCUGCUCUACUUUCAAAGGCAGAGAGGGACAAAAAGAUUGAAGGCAUAUGGGUUAAAGGGGAAGCACCACCUAUAUCACACCUACUAUUCGCUGAUGACAGUGUGUUGUUCUCAAAGGCAACAAGGGCAGAAUGUCAAGAACUACGAAAUAUUCUCAACCUUUAUGAAGAGGGUUCGGGGCAGAAGGUCAAUCUUGUCAAAUCUGAAUUAUCAUUCAGCCCUAAUGUGGAUGAUGUUUUGAGACAGGAAUUAACAAGCGGGAUGGGGAUGCAAGUAGUGGAGUAUCAUGUGAAAUAUUUGGGUUUACCUACUGUUGUGGGAAGGCAGAAGAAGGCUGUGUUCUGCCAUCUAGUGGACAAAGUAAGAAAGAAAGGGAAGCUUUGGAAAAGCAAACUUCUAUCAAGUGGAGGGAAGGAGCUGUUGCUUAAAGCAGUAGCUCACUAUGCAGGUUUUUUUGAUCCCACAGAAUAUCCUAAGUGAAGUACAAAGCUUGCUAUCUAACUUCUGGUGGGGGCAGAAACAACAAGAACGUAGAACACACUGGUUAAGUUGGAAGGAGCUGUGUAAAACUAAGGAAAAAGGAGGAUUGGGAUUCAGAAAUCUGCAUGAUUUCAAUUUAGCCCUUCUCGGCAAACAACUUUGGAAGAUAAUUCAGAACCCUACUUCUCUGGUGGCUAGAAUAUACAAGGCUAAAUAUCACCCUAACAGAGAUCUAUUGGAGGCAGAGUUGGGAAACAACCCUAGCUAUGUUUGGCGUAGCAUUCUCGCUGCAAAAGGUAUACUAAAAGAAGGUCUCAGAUGGAGAAUAGGAACUGGAGAGAAGGUAGACAUUUGGCUGGAUAAAUGGGUUCCUACUUCCCCUACUCUAAAGCUCAUAUCCCCAAUGACGCAAUUCGCCCCUAAUACAUCAGUUAGUGAGCUAAUAGAUGCAGAGACAAGAAGCUGGAAAACAGACCUUAUUCAAGAUCAUUUCCACCCAAAAGACAGACCACGUAUACUAAGCACGCCUAUCCCUAGAGUUUCGAAGGAAGAUCGCUAAAAUCUGGAUCCACGAGAAAUCGGGAAUCUACUCGGUGCGAUCACCCUACCAAUUUUGGCGAAACAAACAAGAAAAGGAAUUGGGAGAAACCUAUUCCCCCUACCAACUGGAAACGAUUCUAGAAUCUUCCGAUCCCCCCGAAGGUAAAGGUGUUUGGAUGGGAAUGGAUUCGCAAUAUUAUCCCUACUGGGGAAAAUAUGGUGGACAGAACGCAUAAAGGAUGUGAUGAAUGCCCAUUUUGUGGGCAGAGGGAGACACAGAUUCAUUUGUUCCAAGAAUGUGGCUGGGUUCGCCGAGUUUGGAGCCCUAGUUCUCUAAACCACCUAUUUGAGAGAGGAACAAAUCUUACCUGUGAAGAGUGGCUGAUAUCACUGCAAGAAUUGGAGGAAGACGAAGCAAUCAGACAAUUUUUGGUGGCUCUUUGGUUCAUUUGGAACAAGAGGAACAACCAGAUGUGGAAUAAGAAAAAAAUGGAGGAGUAUGAGAUCAUUAAUCGAGCGGAGAGAUGGCUAGCUGAAUACCUGGAAUAUCAAACCUCUUCGGCGAUGACACCGACGCGAACACCUCCGAGCCGGGCACCUCAGAUUAGUGCUAACUAUAAGAUAAAUUGUAACAUCCCGUUUCGGCUAAAAUCGUAUUUCGUUCGCUAGAAAAUUUCACGAUUUAAAAUCGAGCAUUUCGACACUAUUUCGGCGAAAAUCGGAUUAUCGAUCGAUCGGAUAAGUAUACGUAUUAAUUUUAUAUAUAUAUAUAUAUAUAUAUAUAUAUAUAAUUAAAUUAAGCGGCCGGGCCGCAUAUAUACAUAUAAACUUUCUCGUCCAUUUAUUUCAAUCAUCAUCAUCUUUUCUCUUUAUGAACCCGAGAGGAAACGAGAGACAGAGGAGGUACAGGGGAGCUACGAGGGAAUUUCCAAAGCUCAAAAUUUUGAGCUCUAGUGAUCCAAAAAUCCCGUAAGUAAUGCCUAAUUCAUCUAUACAUCGUGAUUUAUCGAUUUAGAGCUUUAAAACGAGUUUUUGGUUCAGGAAUUUCUUGAAUUCCCGAUAAGCCAAAUUAGGGUUUCGGAGUAUCCGGAAGCCGGAUUGAGCCCAAAUUUCAUAUACGAGCUUCCUGCAGCGAGGUAAUCAAUCCCCUAGUUCUAAUCCCUGAAUUUUGGCUAUUAUUUAGGCCGGGGUCCAAACCGCUGAAUUUAACUCCGGCCAGGGUUUGAUGUGUUUUUAUCAAGAAUUUGACCCGGAGCCUAGAACUAAUAUUGAUGGGGAUACUGCAGGGGAUAUUAGGGCGGUCUCGGAUUUUAAUUCGGGGUUCGUUCGUGAAAUUGACGUUUUAGUACGGGAAGCUUAAACCGGUGUUUGAACGACCAGAACUGGUGAGGGAUUAGCACGGCAUACCGGGUUUGUCGUAUCACAAUAAUUAUAUUGAUGCUUAGAAUUGAUCUAGGUGAACUAGAAUGGCAUGAUUAGGGGUGUAUGAGCUUUUGUGCUAUAUGUUGAACCCUGGAUUGCUGUAUGAUAUUAUUGACUUGCCCUAAUCGAUAUGGACCUUGUUUAUGCUGAUGAUUGCAUACAUGUUUCCAUUUGUGGCUUAACUGUUGAUAUGACUUCAUGGUUAUUCGAUCAGGUGUUUUGACAUGAUUUGAUAUUGUGGUUGUAUUUGGAUUCACAAGUGGGGAAAUAAACUUCCCAGGGUGAUAUUAUGAUGUUUAAGGAGGAUGACUUGCACGAGGGUUUAUCCCGAGGAAGUGCAAUUAUACGACUCCUAGUUAUGUUGAGCCAAUUGUGGCCAGAUCAAGAACAUGUCCAAGUAAUGAAUUAUGAUUAAGCAAGAUGAGAUAUGAAUCAUGUACAAGGAUACCAAAUAUGAGUGUUGUGGUCUCACGGUCAACUACAUAGUAAUUAGGGCUCCCUAUGCUAUUACUCUAUUAUGAUAUGUAUGAUAGUCACACCUCUCAUGUGGUGGUGACUGAAGAAUUCUUACGAGAUAUGACCACACCCAGAGCGGUGUCGGGGUAUGACUACACCCAUAGUGGUGUGGGGUAUGUAUGACCACAUCCGACGAGAUGUUGGGGUAUGUAUGACUACAUCCGAUGGGAUGUGGGGUAUGUUUCCCGGGAGAGUUAUUAGCAUGGGAGUAGCCAGGCGCCUAUAAGUAAAACAUGAUAAGAUGCAUAUGCAUAAGUCAAGGUGGUUGAGUCUUUUGCCUAUUGGGAUAUGAGGACGGCUGAGGUCCGAUCCUAGUAUUUUGGCUUGUUUGCUAGAUGUAUGGUAGGGGUAUGCUCUGUUAUGAACUCACGAUGCUAUGAUUAUCUCACUCAGCUAUGAGCUGACCCUCUUUUAUUCUUCUUCUCUGCUUAUGCUAUGUGUAAACAGAUCAUCAGCAGCAGCAGUAGAUAAGUGUUAGGUGGGAGAGGAGCUAGAGUUGAAGCCAGGAUGAGGUAUGGUCUUCAACUACUCUGUGCUUGGACUACUACUCGGGAUUUUGGCCAGUGAUCCACACCUUUUUGUAAAAAUGUUUUGAGAACGUUUUUCAUGUGCAUACUAGCUUCUGAUGUAGUGUGAGAUAUCCACAGGUGUGGAAAGUUGUUGAUAUGUGUAUAUGUUGUGUAACUGUGUAAGUUGUGACGAUUAUGGUAUGUAUAAGUAUGGUAUGCAGUUGUGGAGUAUGAAAAGUGUGACUAUGGCUAAGAAAAGCCAAUGCAUAUGGUUGUGAGUAUAUAUGUUUGUGAUGAGUUAUUUUGCAGGAUAAGUUGCAAGAACUGUUAGCCCAUUACGCGAGUAAUUCAUGUCGAAAUUUUAUUUUGGUAAAUUUUGAUAAUUAAUGUAACACCCGAGAUUAUUUCCGCUGCAAUUGUAUGAACAAUAUGAUUAGGCAAAACGUAUAGGGUAGGGUGUUACAUAAAUGUUGAUGUAGUUUGUCUACAAGGAGAAGGUACAGGUUUCGGUGUGGUGGUGAGGGAUAAGAGUUGCAAUUUUUGUUUUGCAGCAGUUCGAAGAACGAGGGUUCAAUGGCAACCCAAAAUGGCGCAGAUAAAGGCGAUCCGGUUUGGUCUGGAAAUGGCAGAGCAAUGGGGAUUGAGGGAAGGAGAGAUGGAGACUGAUUGUCUAAGAGUAGUUCAACAAGUUUCGAAGGAGGAAAUGGGCUUAACAGAAGAAGGUCUAGCUUGUGGAGAAUUGGCACAAAGAGUGAAAGAAUUGGGCUCGUUUACCAUUCGAUUUUCGGGCCUGACUAGCAAUCAAGCAGCCCACAUUUUAGCCCAUAAUCUUUGUAAUUGGGAAGAAACUGAAAUUUGGCAGUCUAGGCCCCCCACAUUUUAGCCCACAUUUUAAUACAAGUCGUUAUUUCAA